GGAAACAUUACCAUGUUGAGGGGGGGGGAUAAACCACUGGUGUCCACCCAUCAGUAUUUAAUACUGUGUACUCCCUCAUUUAAUCUGCCAUCGGCUUGCCAUCCUCUCCCUCUCUCACAGCUGCUCUUCAUUUUUCAUCAUUAUUUUUCUCACAGGUGAGGAUAAUAGUGGAAUCUUAUAGUGUUCCAGCAUCCAUAAUGUGCUCCUGUCUCUUGACUGCUUUGAAAUGUAUCUAGUAGUGCAGCUGUUGGUUUCUGCACAUUGUGAGAUAAUAAGAUCACAGUAGAAGUGUGGUCCUGUAUGGUUCAGUUGGUAGAGAACAGUGCUUGUUACACCAGGGUUGAGGGAUCAAUUCCUUUGGCCUCCCACAUGAAAAAUGUAUGCAUGUGUGACAGUUAAGUUGUUUUUGGGAUAUAAGUGUGGGAACAAAUACAUGUCUGUAUCCUCACCUUUGUUUUUUUAUGUGAUAGAUGUUAUUUGAAAUUAUUCAUUAUGUGCACAUGAUUGACAGAUGUUAAGGAAUUUGAAUGUUUAAUUGUUUUGCGUCACCAAAUGUGAAUCUAGCUAUUUAGGAAGUAUAGCUAGCUCAACAGUUUGAGCCUUCUUGGUCACUAGGAAUAUUUUACUUCGUAGGCAGAUUGUAUGUAUCAGCCCAACAUGAUGCUCAAGGGAACCUUGUUACCUGGAUGUUUUUGUUCUGCUAUGGGUGUGCAAUCUUUUCAAAAAAAAAUCCCGAACAGGUAGUGUUCUAGAUGUUGGGAAUCUACAGAAUUUAACUUUGUUAGCUAGCUAGUUAUUUUGAAAUGGUUUGGAGGAAACAACAACAAGUUGGAAGAAAAGCUACAAAAAAUUAAGAAACACUUUAACUAUCCCUUUAAAGAAUCAACACUUUAUCUAUCCAUAAGAGUGACUCAAAAAUAUUUGGUACUAAUUGUGUAUGGUAGUAAAAUAAAAAGAAGAGUUGUAGCUAUGUAGGUCAGCAGCUCAGAAAUUAAGUAGAUCAUAAUUUAGCAUGCCAAAUAUCAGUUUAGAUUUGUCUACCUCAGGGAAAUAUGAAACGAUCAUUGAGAAUGUUUUUGGCAUCUGAAUAGGUUGAAAUCCUAUCUGUUAAAUCAUUAAAAUGUUCCAAGUGGGAAGCAGCAAUAUGAUACAUGCUUGUGAAUAUCUCAUAUCUGCACGCUUAUAUCUGCAAUGUGAAACUAGUUGGAAGGUGUUCUAUUGCCAGUGUCUAGCUGCCAAAUAAUAUGCUAAAAUUGCAGAUUGUCCAAAUGUCCUGGAUCAGCAUAUAAAAUAUAUAUAUAUACCCCAGUAAAGUGAACCAGGGUAGACUCCUACUUGCUGUGUAAUUAAAGUGAUCUCUACAGCCGUGGUCAAAAGUUUUGAGAAUGACACAAAUACAGUGGCUUGCGAAAGUAUUCACCCCCCUUGGCAUUUUUCCUAUUUUGUUGCCUUACAAUCUGGAAUUAAAAUAGAUUUUUUGGGGGGGUUGUAUCAUUUGAUUUACACAACAUGCCUACCACUUUGAAGAUGCAACAUAUUUUUUAUUGUGAAACAAACAUGAAAUAAGACAAAAAAACAGAACAUUUGAGCAUGCAUAACUAUUCACCCCCCAAAAGUCAAUACUUUGUAGAGCCACCUUUUACAGCAAUUACAGCUGCAAGUCUCUUGGGGUAUGUCUCUAUAAGCUUGGCACAUCUAGCCACUGGGAUUUCUGCCCAUUCUUCAAGGCAAAACUACUCCAGCUCCUUCAAGUUGGAUGGGUUCCGCUGAUGUACAGCAAUCUUUAAGUCACACCACAGAUUCUCAAUUGGAUUGAGGUCUGGGCUUUGACUAGGCCAUUCCAAGACAUUUAAAUGUUUCCCCUUAAACCACUUGAGUGUUGCUUUAGCAGUAUGCUUAGGGUCAUUGUCCUGCUGGAAGGUGAACCUCCAUCCCAGUCUCAAAUCUCUGGAAGACUGAAACAGGUUUCCCUCAAUAAUUUCCCUGUAUUUAGGGCCAUCCAUCUUCCUUCAAUUCUGACCAGUUUCCCAGUCCCUGCCGAUGAAAAACAUCCCCAGAGCAUGAUGCUGCCACCACCAUGCUUCACUGUGGGGAUGUUGUUCUCGGGGUGAUGAGGGGUGUUGGGUUUGCUCUAGACAUAGCAUUUUCCUUGAUGGCCAAAAAGCUCAAUUUUAGUCUCAUCUGACCAGAGUACGUUCUUCCAUAUGUUUGGGGAGUCUCCCACAUGGCUUUUGGCGAACACCAAACAUGUUUGCUUAUUUUUUUCUUCAAGCAAUGGCUUUCUUCUGGCCACUCUGUGGAGUGUACGGCUUAAAGUGUUCCUAUGGACAGAUACUCCAAUCUCCGCUGUGGAGCUUUGCAGCUCCUUCAGGGUUAUCUUUGGUCUCUUUGUUGCCUCUCUGAUUAAUGCCCUCAUUGCCUGGUCUGUGAGUUUUGGUGGCGGCCCUCUCUUGGCAGGUUUGUUGAGGUGCCAUAUUCUUUCAAUUUUUUUAUGACGGAUUUAAUGGUGCUCCGUAGGAUGUUCAAAGUUUCUGAUAUUUUUUUACAACCCAACCCUGUUCUGUACUUCUCCACAACUUUGUCCCUGACCUGUUUGGAGAGCUCCUUGGUCUUCAUGGUGCCGCUUGCUUGGUGGUGCCCCUUGCUUAGUGGUGUUGCAGACUCUGGGACCUUUCAGAACAGGUGUAUAUAUACUGAGAUCAUGUGACAGAUCAUGUGACACUUAGAUUGCACACAGGUGGACUUUAUUUAACUAAUUAUGUGACUUCUGAAGGUAAUUGGUUGCACCAGAUCUUAUUUAGGGGCUUCAUAGCAAAGGGGGUGAAUACAUAUGCACGCACCAUUUUUCCGUUAUUUAUUUUUUAGAAUUUUUUGAAACAAGUUAUUUUUUUCAUUUCACUUCACCAAUUUUGACUAUUUUGUGUAUGUCCAUUACAGGAAAACCAAAUAAAAAUCCAUUUAAAUUACAGGUUGUAAUGCAACAUAAUAGGAAAAACGCCAAGGGGGAUGAAUACUUUUGCAAGGCACUGUACUAAUUUUCACAAAGUCUGCUGCCUCAGUUUUGAUUAUGGCAAUUUUUAUAUACUCCAGAAUGUCAUGAAGAGUGAUCAGAUGAAUUGCAAUUAAUUGCAAAGUCCCUCUUUGCCAUGAAAAUGAACUUAAUCCCCAAUGCUGCCUAUGACCCCAAGAACACCAUCCCCACCGUCAAACAUGGAGGUGGAAACAUUAUGCUUUGGGGGUGUUUUUCUGCUAAGAGGACAGGACAACUUCACUGCAUCAAAGGGACGAUGGACGGGGCCAUGUACCGUCAAAUCUUGGGUAAGAACCUCCUUCCCUCAGCCAGGGCAUUGAAAAUGGGUCGUGGAUGGGUAUUCCAGCAUGACAAUGACCCAAAACACACGGCCAAGGCAACAAAGGAGUGGCUCAAGAAGAAGCACAUUAAGGUCCUGGAGUGGCCUAGCCAGUCUCCAGACCUUAAUCCCAUAGAAAAUAUGUGGAGGGAGCUGAAGGUUCGAGUUGCCAAAUGUCAGCCUUGAAACCUUAAUGACUUGGAGAAGAUCUGCAAAGAGGAGUUGGACAAAAUCCCUCCUGAGAUGUGUGCAAACCUGGUGGCCAACUAUAAGAAACGUCUGACCUCUGUGAUUGCCAACAAGGGUUUUGCCACCAAGUACUAAGUCAUGUUUUGCAGAGGGGUCAAAAACGUAUUUCCCUAAUUUAUUUUGCAAAUCAAUUUAUAACAUUUUUGACAUGCGUUUUUCUGGAUUUUGUUGUUGUUAUUCUGUCUCUCACUGUUCAAAUAAACCUACCAUUAAAAUUAUAGACUGAUCAUGUCUUUGUCAGUGGGCAAACAUACAAAAUCAGCAGGGGAUCAAAUACUUUUUUCCCUCACUGUAGAUACAUAAUUAUUACUGCUCUUCUGACUCUAUCACAGUGCAACAUACACAUUUAUAACAACACUUGUUCUGUCAAAGUUUUGAAUCUUUUCAUUUCUGUCUUAUACAAGGUGUGAAAAAAAAAUAAACAAGCAAGAUGUCAGAGUAAGUAUAAUGUUAAAUUUGUCUCAAAAAAUCUGAGAGGUGAUCAAUUGUCUGAGUGCAUCUUGAUCCUUUAAUGUUUUCUACUUCUUCCUCUCACAGGAAAAAGAUGACAUCGAGUCGCAGGGGUCAUCUGAAGGUAAAUAUACUGAACUAACCCAAUUUCCCCCUCCAAUAUGAAAAACUGUUUUGUUCUUAUUCUCCUUUGAUUGAACAUUUAUCUAUACAGGUAAGUCAAUUAAUAACCCAUUCUUAUUUGCAAAGAUGACAUGUCAAAAGUGCGAGCACAGCAGCGAUAUAAAAUAACUUUCCUUAUUUAAUGAAAUAACCACAAAUGAACUAUGUGUACGAAUUAUAGUGUAAUAUGUUUUCAAGACAAACACAAACGGCAGAUAAACAGUAGCUGGCAGGUGCCUGAAGUUAACAGUAGCUGGCAGGUGCCUGACGUUAACAGUAGCUGGCAGGUGCCUGAUGUUAACAGUAGCUGUCAGGUGCCUGACGUUAACAGUAGCUGGCAGGUGCCUGAAGUUAACAGUAGCUGGCAGGUGCCUGAAGUUAACAGUAGCUGGCAGGUGCCUGAAAUUAACAGUAGCUGGCAGGUGCCUGAAGUUAACAGUAGCUGGCAGGUGCCUGAGGUUAACAGUAGCUGGCAGGUGCCUGAAGUUAACAGUAGCUGGCAGGUGCCUGAAGUUAACAGUAGCUGGCAGGUGCCUGAAGUUAACAGUAGCUGGCAGGUGCCUGAAGUUAACAGUAACUGGCAGGUGCCUGAAGUUAACAGUAGCUGGCAGGUGCCUGAAGUUAACAGUAGCUGGCAGGUGCCUGAAGUUAACAGUAGCUGGCAGGUGCCUGAAGUUAACAGUAGCUGGCAGGUGCCUGAAGUUAACAGUAGCUGGCAGGUGCCUGAAGUUAACGUGCUUAGGCUGUCAAUUAUUAAUUCAGACACUUAAUACCACAAGGUUACUUUCUUGAAUUUAUAAGGAAAUACAGUACAUUUGAGAGUGUCUGAAAUUGACACUAGGCCUAACCUUGCAUUGGUGAGUCCUACAUGUUUUUGCCUAGUCGUGGUCUGUGUUAGCUGCUCUGACACCUAUUCUCCCCUUGGCCUCCAGAGCGUGAUGCUCGCGAUUGCCAAAGACCUGCUGGAGAAAGAAGCAGCAAGCUUGAAAACGACAAAGGCAGAGUAUAUGGCAGAAAGCUGCCCUGCUCCGGUAAUGUCUGGGGGUCUUCCUGAGCUGCAGGUAUUGUACCAUUCUGACCAGUUCAUUCUCAUUUAGUCUGUUUUGAAUACCUGACAUAUACAAUGAUCCAUACAAACAUACAAUGGGUACCACAACAUCCUAACCUAAUUAUCUUUCAUGCUACAUAUUUGAUUUUGCGAUAUGUGUUAAGGCUGCAUUUGGAUUUAUUUGAUUUGCUUAGAAAUGAAAAUGAUUUGAAUGAGAUUGAUCUGUGCCAAAAGCUGAAGAGACCAUUAAGAGACUCACAGUGUUUCUCAUUCAAAUGAUAUGUGAUGUGUUUGUGUGUCAACAGGAAAUGGUUAAAAAGUUGGCUCAGACCAUCGACAAGGUUGAUGAGGAUAGAUAUGAUGCAGAGGCAAAAGUGAAGAAGGCAGACAAAGAGGUACAGUACAUUGGAUUCCAUAUUGUCCUCAUCCUGUAAACAUUUACCGCUGGUGUUGACUCACCCUCUUUACAGAUCGAGGAGCUGAAGAUGAAAGUGGUUGAGAUCCAGGGCAUAAAGAAGCCAGCUCUGAAGAAAGUGCGUAUGUCUGCUGAUGCUAUGCUUGCAGCUCUGCUGGGCACCAAGCACAAGGCUUCCAUGGAUUUCAGAGCCAACUUGAAAGAAGUGAAGAAGGAGGUCAAAGAGGAGGUGGGUAUUUGUGUGGAAACUUACAAAGCAGAGAAUCCCAGUACCGUAGGAGUUGACGGCAGUUGUCCCGAAUGUGCUCAGAACUUUGAGGAAAGGAUCAGUUACAUGUAUUUCAUAUUAUAUCCUCAAACACUAAGAAUGUCACAUCAUAAACUUUUUGUCAUGCAGGAGGAAGUCGGUGACUGGCGUAAGAACGUUGAUGAACAGGCUGGCAUGGAUGGCAGGAAGAAGAAGUUUGAGACCGCA